CAGACCCCGCCCCGCGGCUCGGGAGUGCGCGCGCGCGCGUGCGGGAGGGGGCGGGUGGGGAAGGAUCGCCGGCGAGAUCCCGAGGCGAGGCUCGCGCGCCCGCCCCCGCCCUGGCCCCCAGCGCCCACCCGGUCGGCCCGGCUCAGCCAUGAUCAAGGCGAUCCUCAUCUUCAACAACCACGGGAAGCCGCGGCUCUCCAAGUUCUACCAGCCCUACAGUGAAGAUACACAACAGCAAAUCAUCAGGGAGACAUUCCAUUUGGUAUCUAAGAGAGAUGAAAAUGUUUGUAAUUUCCUAGAAGGAGGAUUGUUAAUUGGAGGAUCUGACAACAAACUGAUUUAUAGACAUUAUGCAACAUUAUACUUUGUCUUCUGUGUGGAUUCUUCAGAAAGUGAACUUGGCAUUUUAGAUCUAAUUCAAGUGUUUGUGGAAACGUUAGACAAGUGUUUUGAAAAUGUCUGUGAACUGGAUUUAAUUUUCCAUGUAGACAAGGUUCACAAUAUUCUUGCAGAAAUGGUGAUGGGGGGGAUGGUGUUGGAGACCAACAUGAAUGAGAUCGUUACACAAAUUGACGCCCAGAAUAAACUGGAGAAGUCUGAGGCUGGCUUAGCGGGAGCUCCAGCCCGUGCUGUAUCAGCUGUAAAGAAUAUGAAUCUUCCUGAGAUCCCAAGAAAUAUUAACAUUGGUGACAUCAGUAUAAAAGUGCCAAACCUGCCCUCUUUUAAAUAAAAAAAAAUUAAAAAGGCCACUCCCAGGUAAAAUCCAGGGGGAAAAGUCAUCUAAGUUUACCAUGCAGUUGUUUACCAAAAAUAGAGGAGGAGAGUCUUAACUUUUGCUCUUGGAUUGAAGUCAAGGUACUGUAGAGAAGUUGUGUAAAACCCGUACGGAAGUUCAAUGUUGCUUUUCCUGCUCAGUGAUUUUGAAGAAAUGAGGUAGUUCCAGUGUGAUACUUCACUUUCUUUUCUAAACUGCAUUCCCGUGCCCACCUAAGGCAUGCCUCUAUGUAUUGGCUACUACAGUAUUUCAAAAGGUGUGUGAGACAUUUCUUUCAACUAUGUACAAUCCAAACUGUUGGUGUUUUGUAUGGAUCACAAGUGCAGCAUUCCAUAGUUCUUUCUGUUAUUUGUCACACUUGUUAUUUAAAGAACCAAGUAUGUAUUGCAUGAAAACAUUAUGAUCGUUUUCUCUUAGUUUAAAUAAACUCCAAGGUAACUGGACUUCUAAAGCA